AUGACACAAAUUUCUUUGACUCCGAUGGGCUCACCUAUCUUUGAUGCUCGCUAUACUUUUGAAAGCGUGCGAAUCUGGAAAAUUGAACAAGUAAAUCACUGGUUGCAAGAUAAUAACUUUAAGGAAUACGAGCAACUAUUCUGUGAGAAUGAUAUCACUGGAGAUGUUUUGUUAGAGUUGGAUCAUCAGAUUUUGAAAGAGCUAAAUAUAAAGAAAAUCAGUGAGCGCGUUCGUAUUUUGGUCGCCGUCAAAGCUUUGUUAAAAAGUUGCAUUAAUAAUAUCGGGAGACAUCCAAAGGAUACUUAUUCACCUAUUACUUAUUCCCCUAUUUUGGAUCGAUUCCCGCCGAUGCAACUUACGCGAUCGAGUUCCAUGCCUCGAACUUUAGCACGUUCUAGUUCGAGAAAUGGGAGAAGUGAAGCUUCUCCAAGAGAAAUCAAUUCACCCAGAGAAUCUCCUAGGCUACAACAUGUCAAGAGUCCUUCAGUCGACAUACAUAAUAUCAAACAGUAUAUCAUCAAGGUUUAUGAUGUUUAUGAUGGUGAAGAACAUGAAUCUCGAACAAUCGAUAUUCGAGGGGAUAACGAUGCAAAAUCUAUAUUAGGCAGAGUGCUGUACAAAUUUAAUAUUAGUGAUGAUGAGGCUGAAAAAUAUUCAUUAUGCACUAAAUUGAGUGACGAUUCCUAUCGUAUUCUAACCGAUGACGAGAUAGUAAAAAUAUGUAAAAAUCCAGAAAGACCUGAAAGGGAACAUCUCAUACUACGUAAAGAUAUGCCAAGACGAAGAAAGUUGGAAAAGUUCUUUGGGGAAAGAUACGAAAAGCUUUCUGCGGGACCAACACACACAAAAUUACAAAACUUUUUCGGACAACGUCCGCCAUCCGAAUUAAUUUCGCUAAAUCUUACGGAAUACUUUCCUGGGCAUAAUAGUGAAGAGUUGGAACGUAGUGCUAGAAAUUCAAUAAGACGUGCAUCAAGAAUAUCACGACCAAAAUCGAAACGAAUAUCGAGAUUUCUUGACGAAGCAGCUUUAGCAGCACCGUCAGCAAUAGAGUUAUCUGAAAUAACGAUAGCAGAAGAACCUGACGAAACAUAUGAAGAAAUUGAAGAGGAUGAAGAUGAUGAAAUGCCUCCAUAUUGGAAUCCAGAUCAGGAUAGCGAUGACGAAUUCGAUGAUGGCACUGGAAAUUCAUCGCUGAAAUGGAUAAAAGGUGCAUUGAUUGGAUCUGGAUCAUUUGGGAACGUUUAUCUCGGUCUCAAUGCGGUUACUGGAGAGCUAAUGGCAGUAAAAUGUGUCGAUUUUCCAACUGGUCAAUCAGCAAGUGAAGAACGAAAAAAGUCCAUGCUGGAUUCUUUACAACGGGAAAUUACUUUAUUGAAAGGUUUACAUCAUGAAAAUAUAGUCCAAUAUCUUGGGUCGCAACACGACGAAAAAAAUCUAAACAUUUUCCUAGAGUAUGUUCCAGGUGGCUCAGUAGCUACAAUGCUCAACAAUUAUGGACCAUUGAAGGGAACUCUUGUUCGAUCUUUUGUAAGACAAAUCUUACAAGGAUUGAGCUAUUUACAUGAACAAGAAAUAAUUCAUCGUGAUAUUAAGGGCGCAAAUAUCCUGGUUGACAUUAAAGGCGGAAUCAAAAUCUCAGAUUUUGGCAUAUCAAAAAAAGUAGAAGAUGAAUUUAUGGCCGCAGCAUCAGCUCAUCGCCCUUCAUUACAAGGAUCCGUUUUCUGGAUGGCACCCGAAGUGGUAAAACAAAUACAUUAUUCUACGAAAGCUGACAUUUGGAGUUUAGGAUGUUUGAUAGUUGAAAUGUUUACGGGCGAUCAUCCUUUCCCCGAGUUUAAUCAAAUGCAAGCAAUGUUUAAGAUUGGUUCCUCUUGUUCUCCUGAAAUACCAGACAAUAUAUCACCUGACGCUAAGGAAUUCCUAGCAAAAACAUUUGAACUUGAUCACGAACAUCGGCCCGCAGCAAAUGUAUUAUUAAAUCAUACGUUUGUUACUUCAUCGGUAAAAUCGUCACCGCAACCUUCCCCAAUGUAA